UUCACCUCCUCCUCUCCCUGUUGUUAUUCAGGACUCGAUAUUUCUCUCCCAACACCUCCUCUCCUUUCUUACUUUCUCCUCCUCCUCCUGUCAGAUUCUCCUUCUGUGUUUUUGCCCCCCGCCUCCUCUCCGCGGCAGGAGUACCGGAGAAGCGGCAGAGCGAUGCUGACAACGCGGCAGGAUGUCUUUCACCUCCUCCUUGUCCUCCUGUUUUUUCCUGGUCUGGAAUGUACGAGCCUUCCUCCUCCUGCAUCUCCUCCUCGCGCCGUCCUGCCUCCUCCACCCGCAGCCCUGCCACGUCCUGGCGCAGAUCGGACACACGGUGCGCGUCGGUGCGCUCUUGCCAGCGCAACGUGCGGCUCGUAUUCAGGUCCAGGCGGCGCUGAACCGCGCGGCAACCGCCCUGAGCCGAAACCGAGACCCGAAACCAGACUGGGACCCGGAGCGCCAGCGUGUCAACUUUUUGCCCUACAACCUGAGCCUGGAGCUGGUGUCCCGGCAGCUGGUCGCGGGGGACCCGGAGUCGCUGCUGCGGGGCGUGUGUCAGGGCGUGGUGGUCCACGGAGUGUCCGCCGUGCUCGCUUUUCCACAGAGCCGCGAGGAGCUCCUCCAGGUGGAUUUCCUGUCCUCUGUCCUGGAGAUCCCGUUCCUCAGCGUCAUGGAGCAAGGAGAGCCGCUGCGCACGCAGAACUGGUUCCACCUGCAGAUGGUCACAGGGGCUCCAGAGUCUGAACUGUCCGAUCUUCUGCUGACGGUUCUUCGGCGGUCUGGAUGGAAGGAGGGUUCUGCAGUCCUUUGUAGGGGCUGGGAAGAGGCUCGUGGUCUCUUGCGUCUCCUAGACAGUGGAAGCUUUUCAUCAUGGGACAGAGUGGGCGGAGUCACCUGGCACCUGCAAGCCCUGCUGAACCUGACCCAGUCAGCCCAUGAUGAUACGCAGAUCCAUGACUUCCUGUCACGGCACUUCAAACAGAACCAGAACCAGGCCUCCCCAGCAUCAGUGCUGUUGUUCGGAGCGGACCCACAGUGUACGGGGAUGGUGCUGCGCAUUGCUCAGGACCUGGGUCUGACAUUACCCAUGGUGCACUGGGUUCUGGCCCAGCCACUCAGUCCUGAUGUACUGCACACCAUCGGGCUACCACUCGGCCUCCUGGCUUACGGUGAGGUGGAUCGGAAACCUCUGGAUUUCUACAUCAGAGAUGCCCUGCAGCUCCUCACCAGGGCUGUAGCUGCAGCGACCAUGGUAAAGCCGGACCUGACUCUGAUCCAGAACAUGGUGAACUGCUUCAGCAAACCCAGCAAAAACAAGGUGCCAUCGUCAGGACGGUACCUGUCCAGGUUUCUGUCUAGCACGUCUUUUUCUGGACUCACUGGUCCAAUCCAGGUCCACCAGAACUGGUCUCAGGUCCUGACUUCUCAGCGGUUCCACAUCUGGAGCCUGCACCGGGAUGCUCUGGGUCAACCCACCUGGGUGACGAUUGGUAGCUGGGAGGGGAGCCAGCUGCAGGUGGAGGACCAGGGGGUGUGGCAGGGACCUCGACCCCAUCAUAGGACAGAGGGAGCAAGUGGACGGACUCGAGGCCGCUGGAGAACAGGGAUGCCAUUAGGGGGGACUCGGGUCCGGGUGGUGACCCUGGUGGAACAUCCCUUUGUGUUCACGCGGGACACAGAUGACGAGGGCAGCUGCCCUGCUGGUCAGUUCUGCUUGGACGCCGGCAGCAACAGCUCUGAGACUCUGGAGCGGUAUUUCAGGGAGGUGGCAGGAGGGAAUGGCAGCUCCCUGCCUCUGAACUACACCAAGUGUUGCUAUGGAUACUGCAUCGACCUGCUGGAGAAGCUGGCCGAGGACCUGGGCUUUGAGUUUGACCUCUACAUCGUUGGAGAUGGAAAGUAUGGAGCCUGGAAGGGCGGUCGGUGGACCGGGCUGGUGGGGGAUCUCCUGAACGGUCUAGCUGACAUGGCCGUCACUUCUUUCAGCAUCAACUCAGCCCGCAGUCGGGUGAUUGACUUCACUUCUCCAUUUUUCUCCACCAGCCUGGGCAUCCUGGUGCGCAGUAAGGACACGGCGGCCCCCAUCGGUGCCUUCAUGUGGCCUCUGCACUGGUCCAUGUGGGUGGGCAUCUUUCUGGGGCUGCACAUCACGGCGCUCUUCCUGACUCUGUAUGAGUGGAAGAGUCCGUUUGGUAUGACGCCUCACGGACGUAACAGGGUCAGGGUGUUCUCGUACUCGUCAGCUCUCAACCUAUGCUACGCCAUCCUGUUUGGACGUACCGUCUCCUCAAAGACGCCAAAGUGCUGGACGGGACGCUUCCUGAUGAACCUGUGGGCCAUCUUCUGUCUGCUGGUGCUGUCCAGCUACACGGCCAACCUGGCCGCUGUCAUGGUGGGCGAGAAGGCCUUUGAAGAAGUCUCAGGGAUCCACGACACCAAGCUGCACCAUCCAUCGCAGGGUUUCCGGUUCGGGACGGUGAGAGAGAGCAGCGCUGAAGAUUACAUGAAGAAGAGUUUCCCGGAGAUGCAUGAGUACAUGAGACGCUUCAACGAACCGACGACGCCUGAAGGGGUCGCCACGCUGAAGGCAGAUCCUCCUCAGCUCGAUGCAUUCAUCAUGGACAAGGCCCUCCUGGAUUAUGAAGUCUCCAUUGAUGCAGACUGUAAACUGGCCACUGUUGGGAAGCCGUUUGCUAUUGAAGGUUAUGGUAUCGGCCUCCCUCAGAACUCUCCUCUGAGCUCCAACAUCUCCGAGUUCAUCAGCAGAUACAAGUCGGACGGAUACAUGGAUGUGCUGCAUGACAAGUGGUACAAAGUGGUGCCAUGUGGGAACCGAGUGUUUGUCGUCACUGAGACUCUUCAGAUGGGCAUCAGUCACUUCUCAGGACUCUUCAUGUUGCUGUGCAUUGGAGUGGCUGGCGCUCUGCUGACUCUAGCUGGUGAACAUGGUUUUUACCGGCUCAUUCUGCCGCACAUCCGACGCCGACAGAACCUGAAAUACUGGCUGCACACUUCACAGAAAAUCCACCGAGCUCUGAACAUGACGUACGCCGACGUGAAGAAGCAGCGAGCUGAGAGAGAGAAAAGCUGUAACCUGCAGAGGACCCAGACCCCCCUGGGGCCUCCGGGGCCCUCAGUCUCUGGGGCCUCAGCCAAAUGGAACAAUGAGACCAGUAAAGAUGCUGCAGAUGCUUCAAUGGAUGCCCGAGAGUUCAAGCGAGUCCACUUUAACCUGGAGACCCUGAACACCCGCCGCCUGCUUGCUUGCAUCUCUGAUGCUAAGGGGGAGGAGCCUGCCAAGCAGAAGGCGGGGUCAAACAGCAGGCUGUGUGAAAAUGGAGGCCCAGCUUCAUUUGCCAGUCUGGUUCUUUCCCUCUCAUCCUCUUCUGGCAUGCCCCCUGAAGCUGUGACCACGCCCAACGCAUCUAUGGUUAUGCCCCAGGUGGCUGUGGCCAUGCCCCACGUAGCCAUAGAUACGCCCCAUGCAGUUGUAGCUACGCCCCCUGAAACUGUAACCAUGCCCCCCAUAGCUGUGGCUACGCCCCGGUCCAGUGAACUGCAGGAGCUUCAGGAAGAAAUCGAACAGAUGAGGGAGAACCUGAGGGUGGCUCUGGCAAGGAGGGCCGAGAUCCAGACCACGUUGGCCAAACCUGUUGCCACGGUAACCAACUGCCCCCCUUUAACCACAAUAACAACAAGAGCCCCACCCACAUGCACACCCGCUGUCACUCCAACAACAACCCUCCCUCCCAACAUGAAGUGCGUCACCACCAUGACGAACCCUCCCCACAAAGUCCUGUCCAAAGUACGGCCCCUCCACAGCAGACUGGCCAAUCAGAGGAGGUGACGUUUUCUACAGCGGUCACAUGAUCUGCACACAGCAGCGGCUUCAGUCACAGGACAGGGAGAAAUGAAGAUGUAUUCAGUUAUUUACCAGCACCCGCACACACCCUUCAUUCAUGACGUCUCCUUCAUAAGAGCUGCCCUUGUUUUUUAUUCUACCUAUAAUUUAUCGGAUGAAUGAAAAAAUCGGGAUCUUUGAUUUCCAGACAGACUUAAAGAAUUCGAUUCAGCAGCUUGUUGCAGCAGCUCCUGUGUGUUUGCCAAACUUUAUCUCUCUGGUUCCUGUUGUGUAACUAUUACGACUGUCGGAGGAAGCUGAGGAACUAGCUGAGGGAGCGUGAGGAUGUCUUUAUUAAACUUGAUGGUUCUUCUCAGACUCUGGACUCACGACUGGUUAACUCUGCUGCGCCUGCAAUUAAAUUCCAUAUUUUCCUCUUCUUUUCAUCUUUUAUCUUGAUAUUUAUUUCUAAAUAAUAUAUUUUAACUUUAACUUUUUUCAAUUUUAAUCUGGAUAUUUGUUAAUAAUUAUGUUACUUGUAUGUAAUAUUUUUACAUCAUUGAGUUCAUUUACUUUUAGUUUAUGCUGUAAAGCUGCUGUAACUCCUGUUUCCCAGUCUGGGAUCAAUAAAGUCCAUCUGACUC